AUGGCGAUAUCUAUGUUGCAUUCACUUGACUAUGUUGUUCACGAGUCGAGACCAGACAGAUUUGUGGCUAAGUGUAAACAAUUUGAAAGUGGAUGUGAAUGGGGGAUAAGAGCAUCUUUAAGCAAAAUACGCAAUAAAUGGGAGAUAAAGAAGAUUACUGGUGACCAUACUUGCAUAACUUCAGUCAUAAGUCAAGAUCAUGAAAAGUUAGACUCAUCAGUUGUUGUUGAUUGUAUUGUUGACUUAGUAAAUGCAAAUCCUAAUAUCCCAAUAAAAGCUUUGGUUGCAGAGACCAAAACUCAAUAUGGUUUUUCUAUAACUUAUAGAAAAGCUUGGAUUGCGAAACAAAAAGCAAUUCCAAGAUUAUUUGGUGGCUGGGAAGAAUCAUAUAAUCUGCUACCAACAUGGUUGGUUACAUGCAAUCCAACACUUUUGGAUGGAACAUUUCUGACGGGAAAGUAUUGUGGCACAUUAUUAGUUGCUGUAACUCAAGAUGGAAAUCGAGACCUCUUUCCGAUCGCCUUUGCAAUUGUUGAAGGGGAGACAAAAGAAGCUUGGAUGUGGUUUCUAUACAAUCUACGCAGAUUUGUUACACCACAACCGAAUCUAUGUAUCAUAUCUGAUAGAGGAAGCGGGUUGUUAGCAGCUUUGCAAGAUCAGAGAGUCGGGUGGGUUGAGCCCGAUGCACAGUCAGUUUAUUGCAUUCGGCACAUUGCAAGCAAUUUUAACCAACGAUUUAAAAAUGAUGAGCUAAAGAAAUAUGUCAUCAACAUGGGAUAUGAGAGGAGACAACCCAGAUUUGAAGCAAAGCUCAUUGUACUAAGGUCAGAGUUUCCGGAAGUUGCAACAUGGUUAGAUAAUAUCCCAAGGGAAAAAUGGACCCAAGCUUAUGAUGGAGGUUCAAGAUACGGGCACAUGACGACCAAUCUUGCUGAGUGUUUGAACUCAGUAUUAAAAGGAGCUCGAGCAUUGCCCUUGACAGCGUUGGUGAAGACUACAUUUUACAAGUGGAGUUCAAUGUUUGUGGACGGAGGAAUUAAAAUACGCAACAUGAUGGAAGGAGGGCAUGAGUAUUGGGAAGAGCUAACUGCAAUUCUGCAAGAGAAGCGAGUACAAGCUACAUCUCAUUAUGUCCAUAGAUUCACUAGAGAAUCGUGGAAGUUUGAUGUAACAUCCUGA